AUGGUUCACGGCCGUCAAUUCAUCAUCUUCCCUUUCGACGAUUUGAUAUUAGAUCUCACUGCACAAACUCUCAUAGAUCAUGCUGAGGAUAAGACGAGACAAAGGGAAUCAAGAAUCCUCUUCACGUAUUUCCAGAGCCUUGCUGUGAUGAGGAAAGCUAAAGAUUUGGCUGCGUCUGGAAACGUUAGAGAACUUGAAGUGUUUGCUAGCUCUGAGGUGAAGAGGACCUCGCAGUCACUCCAAGAAAGACAGCUGAGCCAAGAUGGGAGGGUUAAAGAUGGUGAAAAGCAAGCGCAUGUCAAGACUAGAAAGGAAGAUUUGGUGUACGAGAACCCCAAAAAGGAAGAACAAGAAGAAGAAGAGGUUGAUGAAGAGACUUUCAAGGAGAGGAAAAGAGAAGAGCAAGCAGAGAAAGCUCGGUUACCCAUGGAAAGGAAGAGGAAGCUACAAAAGAAAGCUGCUGCUAAAGCUGCUAUCAGAGCUCAGAAGGAAGCUGAAAAGAAACUCAAGGAGUGUGAGAAGAAAGCGAAGAAGAAAGCUGCUGCUGCAAACUCUCCUCUCCUUCAGAAUCAGACCAAUCACGAGAAGCAAUCAGUGAAAAGGUUACGACUUUGGCAGUCUCAGGGAACGAGAGACACCAGAAGGAGGAGAAAUUACUGUUUCCAACGCAGAGAUCUUUCAGGUCUCAAGGAAAAUGAUUUUCAACCAUUCUUUGUCAUGCCUAACAAUGCUAAAGCUAGAAGGAGCACAACUACAAACAAAACUCAAAUCAGAGUCUUGGUUAAUGGUUAUGUUAGUCAUGCUGUUCGGAUCAGAGGUGAUCAAAAGGACUGCAAUGGGACUUCACAUGGGAUGGUAUGA